AUGGCUCCGCCCCCGUCUGCACGUGAGCUCCUGAGCCGUGUGGAGAGUGCUGUGGGCGCAGACCGCGCCGGGGUACUCCAGAGCCUCAGGAGAAACGGCAACCUCCUGGCCAGGGUGUCUGACGACCUGAAGGCAGAUCGUGAGAUCGUCACUGCUGCCAUUGAGCAGUGCGGCUCAGCAUUGGCCUAUGCCGAUGGCUCCCUGCGGGCCGAUCGGGAGAUGGCCCUGAAAGCCGUGCAGCAGACGGGCUAUGCCCUCGAG